GCUGUGUACUUCAACACGUAUAUAUUUUCUCCUUCUUUGUUGUACCACUCUUCCUUUUGUCGUUUGUCUUGCCUUGUCUUUUCCCGCUUUUUAUUUCAUUAGAGCACACACGUGAGGCUUUCCUCUGUGUUUUGUUUUUCCCCGAUGUCCUCCGCCGACGCAUGCACGUGCCGUUGCUCUGCGGUUGAGCGACGAGGGCGCGGACAGGCACCUGACAGGCCGCCGUGCUGCUGUGAGGAUCGCUGCACCUGUCCGCAUUGCCACGGCGGGCCCCCGCCCCACUACCGCCACUCUCAUCACCGCGGUGGAAGAGGCGGUUGGGUCCGCGAGGAGGGAGACGCCCACCACGAGGGCCCCCGCUCUGCCCGCCGCUGCACCUCGUGUGUGCCGGAGCAGGCGGAGUUGACAGAGGCGGACCUCUUCGCCCGUCAGCAGCGUUGCGAGGCAGCGCGGGGGGCGGAGCAGCGGCGCCGUGCCUCUCUCGCCAACUCUGUCGGUCACCGCAGCACCGGCGGCUGCAGUCGUUUCUAUACCCCCAACACGGCAGAGAUGCUGCGUCGCAGGAGCAACCUACCCUACCAGGCCGCUGUUGACGCCGAGUACGACGCGCGUCGCCGCGAGCUCCAAGCCGAACUCGACGCUCGCCGGGAGGAAAUCGCCGCGAUGCAGCGGGACCGCGAGGAGCGCCGCAUGGAGGCCGCCUUCCGCGAGACUGAGGCGGCGCGGCACCGCGGCAGCCCUCGCCGCUCCCGCAGCGCCAACCACGCCCGUCCGUCGUCCUCGCCAGGGCACAGCAAGGACGCUUGUGCGCCGCCGCCGCCGCCGCAACCGCAGCCCCUAAAGAAAACAGAGUCCCCAACGCGACCCAAGUCUCCGCCAGGCGAUGAGGCGAAGUUGGACGCGCCGCCCACCCGAGACCCGCACGCACACGGCGAUCGCACUCCCCCGCCGCUGCACCACCACCACCACUACCACAACUGGGGAUGGCCGCGUGGACCGCGGUGUCGCAACGGUCGCGGUCCACCGCCUUCCUGGGACUCGUGGGGGCACGGCUGGAGACACGGCUCGCCUCCGCCCUGUCCGUGUGAGCGUCGUACCCCCUCGCCGUGGCAGCACUCGAAGUGCCCGCCCCCUCCUCCUCCUCUGCAUGGACGCCCUUUUCACCACCACGACCCGCAUUGGGACGUUGACGCUGGCGCCGCUGACCGGCAGGAGUGCCCGCCGUCCUGGCAGCCGGACAACGCGCCGCCGCCACAGCCGCUUGCGCAUCACUCGCCCAAGACCGCGGAGGGGACGGCCAGUGCGUGCCCCUCGUGCGGUCAUCCCCUGAUGAGCGCGCGCGACAUCGUCUCGAUGAUCGCCGCCGGCAAGCUGGACAACUCGGUGGCGUGUCCGUCGUGUGGGUUUGUUGGCGGCACCCUCCGCUGCCCCGCACUCCAUCACGGACUUCCGCCGCACGGUCAGCCCUCCGACGAUGGUGGGAAGGGGGACCGCAACCGGCGUGGGCAGUCGUGUAAGGCGGCACCGCGCAGUCACAGCGCCGCAGCUGGCUCCACAUCUGUCAGUCUCACCGCGCCAAAGUUCGGCCACAAAGUGUUCAUCACAGAUGAUCUCUACUGCGACCGCCGCGCGCGCUACUUGGCGGAGUGGGAGGAGUGUGGGUCCGUGCGGCGGGUGCCGCCCUCCCACCGCAGCCCGAGUGCUCCGCUGCCCGAUCGCACGCAGAAGUGGCGCACUACGGGGAGCGGGCGGUGCACCGACUGA